AGGAAACCACUCAGCCUGCAAGAUCCAUGCAAUCACAGAGGUGUUAUGGGGGCCCUUAGGGACUUCGCUGACAAGAAAGAUGGAAAAGGACUCUGCUUACAGAUUGCAAGGAUAUAAUAAUGAGCUUGCAGGAAAAAGUGCACAUUUUCUGAGACUAUUUAAAGAGGCCACAGAUGAAUUAGAAGGCAAAAAAGAACUGACAAUCCAGUUAGUUCUUCUUUGGUUUCACAAACUGCAACAAAUUUGCAGUGUCAAUGACACUGACUGUCAGGAGGUACAAAGGAUUAAAAAUUGAGCCUUGGCUUUCAUUUGUGAGACAAUUGUGAUCACUUCCAGACAUAAAAUUACUACGUUUCUUUGGCCAUCUUUCCAUGAUCUUUAAUAUGCUUGAAAUAUAUGAAAAGCAGGAAAUUCUUAGCAAUGUGCAACAAAUGUGUGCUACUUACACAGAUCCUUCAAAUACUGUGUCAUCACCACCCAGAAAGAGAGAUCAUUUCAAGGGAUGGAGGAACAGCAGAUCAUCUGCAUCAGAUGCAGUAGAUCUCUACAUUUUAAUGCAUCCCAAAGAUGAUGAUGACAUCUUAAAGUGGUGGAGUAGACAUGAAACAGAUCUGCCAGGCCUGGCUGCAGUUGCAAGAUGUAUAUCAUGUAUCCCAGCAACAAGCACACCUAGUGAAAGAUGCUUUAGUAAAGCCAGCAUGUUACUAACAAACCACCACAGCCAAUUAAAUCUGGAACACAUUAGUGAUUUACUGCUGAUCGACAAUAACUAUAAUUUUGUUUCUGUUGCAGACAAGUGAAAAGUAUGACAAGUUACAUAUGUAAAUGUUUCAUGUUCUUUGUAUGCUUUCUUUAUGAAGAUGUUUUGUCUUAUGUAUUACAGGGACAGCUCUUACUUAAUGUUUGCUAUGAAUGACAGGAAAAAUAUAUCUUCUGUUUCGCAAUGAGACUCAUCUUCUAUCUGCUGCUUUAUUGAAAUAUCAUCUAAUUGACAUACACAAUUAAAAACUGCAAUCCUCUCCAAUACUUUGUAUAAAAUCUGUCUGAGUGAAAGUAAUUAA